AUGAAGGAUGUUCAGGCUUGGAGAGAUAACCUGGUUAAGAAUGCGAACGGUGAGAGGGGUGAGAAGGAUGUGAAAACUAGCAGAAACAGUGGCUAUUACUCGGACUGA